AUGCAGUGGUGCAAGUAUCAAGUGGCUGAACUAUCUUCACCACAAUUGAUUUGUACUGCAAUAAAGAUGACUUUACAUUUGUGCUUUUUAUUCAAUGUUAGACCUUACAGACAUCAGGCUAGGCUUGAGAGAAAGGACCAUGGCAAAAAAUCUAUUUGUUUUGUGAUUUUAAUUAUGGGACUAAAGCUUUGUCAUACUGGCUUUGUUUCUGCUGUAAGUCACAUGCGUUCAUUUGUUCCAGCUGUUUAUGGUGUAACAGUGGCCAUUCCCAAAACAUCUCCUCCACCUACAAUGUUAAGACUCUUCAAGGGGCAACCAUCUGUGUUGCAUUCUUGCAUAAGGUUGGGCUUAUCAAUCAUGGUCCAUACCAGAUUUUCGUCUUCCUCUGGUUCUCCUGCUUAUUCAAAAAACAGCCCUCAAAAUAUAAAAAAAGAUAAUAAGAAGAGACCAUUGAGUGGUCAGGUUGAAGGUAAAAAGACUACUAAACAAAAAAAGCCAAAAUUGGCAAAUGCUGAUCAUAUAAUUCCACCGCCACAGGGUAUGCAAUACAUUGUUCCUCCUGAAAAUCAUAAUCGAGCAAAAUGUCAUGCCAUAAUCAAGCACAACCAGAUUACUGCUCUUCAUCAGUUGUUAUCUCCAAAACAAAUUUCUGAUUUCGCUGAUUCUUGUUUUGGGAAUUUUCUAUCCUUGCCAUCCUUUGUCAUGCAGUAUCAGCUAAUUCAUAAUUUACUGCUUAGGGAGUUGAAACAACCCAACCCUCAUGAGAUUUGGAUUGGUGUAGCUGGUAUGAAACUUCGGUUUGGGAUAGAGGAGUUUGCACUAGUCACGGGCAUUUGUUGUGUUGGAUCACAUGACAAGCAAGAAUAUGCUAGGCCAAGCAAUAGUUUCCUUAACACCUAUUAUAAAGGUAUCAAAAAGGUAACUAAGGAAAAUGUGCGUGAGAUUUUAUUUAAUAAAGGGUGGAAGAAUGAUGCGGAUGCAGUGAAGCUGUCCAACAUCUACUUGCUGCACAUCUUUUUGCUUAGCUCCUCUUCCUUGGAUGUUGUCAUUCCCCAAGCUGACUUUGAUAUUUUAGAUAGUGGGGAAUUUGGUCAGUUUCCUUGGGGUAAGGAAGUUUUUAAGGUUACCAUUGAGUCAUUGAAGAAAAAUGUUGGAAAGAAAAAUAAAGAUAAUUUUUACAGGCUAUAUGGAUUUCCAUAUGCCUUUCAAGUAUGGUUUUACGAGUGUUACCCAUAUUUGAAUGGCAACUUUUGUCAUCUCAAUGUUGGAUCUAUCCCACGCAUCAUCAAUUGGACAAAUAGCGAAAAUAUUAAGUUUGAUAAAGUAUCUUAUACUUUAUCAAUGAGUUGUGCUGAGCUCCAACUUCGAAAUAUCACUCCAACUUCCAAGGAAAGGAAAAAACUUCACUUGGAAGAAUUAUUUCCAAAAGGCAAGCAGUUGGAAGUUGAUGGCAACCUUGCUGCUAAUGCUGGUGCUAGAGUUGCAGCAUCUGGUUCUGGAGUUGCACCUCAUUCUGUUAGAGUUGCAGCAAAUGUUUUUCCAAUUGCUAAUGUUAGUGAUGAUGAUUUUGUGAACCCUCCUCCUCGAUCAUUCGCAGGUGCUUCCUCAUCUUCUAUGCCUCAAUCUCAUUUUGACUCAUCCAUUUUAAAGCUGCAUGACCUUAUUCUUUCCCAUAUUUUGGGAAAACAGGGUGAAAGUUCCCAUGAUGAUAUUGAAAGAAGAAUUAAGGCAAUGCAUGAUGAAUCUAAUGUUGGUGAUAAGGAGGAAGAGGUUGCCACUGAUUGUGUCAUUGAGGAAAAGUCUGAUGAUGAAGAGGAUGAGGAUGAGGGUGAGUCUGAUGAAGAAAAUGAUGGUUUUGAUCAUGAUGAUGAUGAAGAUGAAGAUGAUGAUCCUGUUGGAGAAGACAAAAAUAGUAAAGAUAGAGAAAAAGAAGAUCAUUCUUAUAUUGCAUGCCCUAGUGGAGUCAAAGAUGUUAGUAGUGGGCACAAUGAAGAUGAUAAUGUUGUUGAUUUUUCUGAUGAUGUUGACAGUUCACAUCAAGUUGCACCUAAGAUUUUGGGGGUUGCAGAUUUUGCAACCGAGGUUGAAAAUGUCACCACAGCUGUUGGAGAGAUUGAUAAAGACGUUGCAUCUCAUUUUUCAAAUGUUGCAGAAUUAGAAACUGAGGUUGCACCUAAUCUUCCUGAAGUUGCACCUGAUCUUCCAGAGGUUGCAGAAUUAGCAAAGGUUGCAGAGGAUGUCAACGAGGUUGCACAGGUUGCAGGAACUAUUUCAUCCCAGUGUUCUUUUGAUAGUUUGUCUGACACAGCAUUGGAGGAGGCUAUGCAAAAUGCUAUUAAUGCUGUAAAAGCAAUCAAGACUCCGAAGGAAUCUACUCCUCAUUGCACUGCUAUUGUUCUAUAUGUUGGUAGUGGUGGGAGUAACUUGGGAUAUGUUACUCCUAUUUUGCCAAGAAGAACAAUCAAGCUGCCUUUCUACUUGCAAUCUCCAUUUGUGCAGAAUUUUGAUUCUACUUCUGCUCAAAGUAGUGAGGCAAAAUCUGGUGGAGAUAUUAAGAUUAUCAAAGGGUUUUGCCCAUUGGAUGACAAAAUUGGAGAAUUGCCAGACUAUGAGUUAUCCCAAGAUUUCAACAAAUGGCUUGAUUAUGGAAUGAUAGCCAAGAACAAGGUGAAAAUGUAUUCAAAGGAAGACAACCUCAUUAUCCCUGGUCUACAACUCGGUGUAGAUGUGAUUUUCCAAAAGACAUGGUUCCAUACCCUUCAAUAUAGUGGCAAAAAUCUCUUUAAAACACAUGUUGAUGUGUUUUUUUAUUAUUUGAGGAAGAAGGCAAAGUACUGUGUCAAUUGUACUAUCAAGUUUAUCACAACUGAUUCUCAUUUCCAGACCAGAAUCAAUUCUAUCUAUGAGACAUUUCUAAGUUGGAAACGUGAUUUUGGGGCGUUGAAUUGUAAUCAAUAUGUUGCAGAAGUUAUCAUGGGCUAUGCCUUGCCUUGCAACAUUUCUUGGUCUAUGGUUGAUCAUGUCUUAUUUCCUAUCUUGGUUAUGAAGGAAAAACAUUGGUUGUUGUGCAGAUUAUCACUUAAAGAUAGGUCAAUGUAUGUAUAUAAUACAUUGACAUGUGAUAACAAGGACCACAUUGCUUUAAAAGCAGUAAAGUCGUUUCGUAUUUUGCUUCCUCAUUAUUUGUAUAUCACUGGAUUUUAUGACCGAACAGACAUAGAUUUCUCAUCUGAGGCUUAUGCUGGGAAGUCAACGAGUUCUGCUUUUGAUGUAGUGCUGGAUGAUGAUUUGCCAUGUGGGUUGUCUUGUGAUAGUGGCAUUCACAUGUUCUCAUUUGCGGAGUACUUUGUUCAAGAUAAGGAUAUUCCAACAUCUACUUUUGAUGUUGAAACUCAUAGAUCUAGGCUUGCCUUUUUGUUUUAUUCAUAUGCAAAGGCAAAGGAAAUUUAUGGAUAUGAGAGUGAGUCUGAGUAUUAA